CUGUGUUAUUUAAUAAUUAAAAAUUUUGUAUAUGCGAAAAGGGAAAUAGAGAGCUAAAGAUGACGUACGAAUUCUCACCCUUAAAAACCCCAAAAAAGGAAGAGCAAGAGGCAGCAGAGAGCAUCGUUGAUGAUCCUGCCAAUGGAAGAGUCGAUGUUAUGGAUGAAUUUGACGGCGUUUUGGGUAUUGAAGAUGAUGAUGAAAAGUUUUCGAAGAGUAAUAAUGUAUAUGGGUUACCGAGUUGGGAAUUUAUGGACUGGGAGGAAGAGGAACCACCAAAUAAUGAAAAUGGAGAAGAUGAAGGAACAGAUCAUUACAGUAAGUUUGAAGACAGAAGCUGCAGGCGCUUCUUUGAGGAAGAUAGCCAUUUUUGUCGCAUAAAGAGAGAGAUCACUGCUAUUGGAUUUUUGAAUGGCGAUGAUGAUGAUGAGUACAACAGAGUUUCUUUGAACUUGAACUUGAAUUAUCAGGAAGUCUUGGAUGCAUGGUCUGAUCGAGGUCCACUUUGGGCUAAUGGCUCUUCUCUUUCUUCCAUUCCAAACAAUGCCUAUUAUAUGGGAGAGGUGCCAGUGAUGGAAGAAGAGAGAACAAGAAGGGAAGCAAGUGUUCUGAGGUACAAAGAGAAGCGCCACACUAGAUUGUUUUCUAAGAAGAUAAGGUAUCAAGUUCGCAAAAUCAAUGCAGAUAAAAGACCCAGACUAAAGGGUAGAUUUGUGAAGAGAGUUUCAUGAAAGGAUACUGGAAAUGGGCUUGAAAUAUCUGAAGAAAUAUCUUGGUGUUUGGACUUAUUAAUAGAAAAUAUGCCUUGUUUUUAUUUUUUAUUAUUAUUUCUAAAAUUUUUGUAUUGAUGAGGAAAAUAUCUGAAACCUUUGGAAGAAUAGAAAAUAUCUUGUGGGAAUGCUUUGGAGAGUUUA